AUGGCGACAAAAUCGCUUAUUGUUCUUCAAUCGCCGACAGUGAGUAUUUCCUUUCCAGAAACACUUCUUCAAAACCCAAAGACACGGACAACGACGUUGUUUGACAUUUAUAACACACACCAAGUUGCCGACAAAAGCGCGAGUGUUGGUGUGAUAGAAGACGACUGGUCUGACUUUGAGAUGGAGGAGCUGCGCGCACUGAUUUUUUACUUGAUGGACCGUCCUUAUGUGAUGGUGUCUUCUGACGUGAAGAGUGUGAUCCCACAAAUUGGGGUGUUGGUUAAACAUGGAGUUGGAAUUAAUGAGGCUGUGUCGUAUUUCAUGGUUGAAAGCAAGUUGGAGGCAGUGAGAGUUCUUGUGAAAGGGAUGAAUGAGGAACUUUCGAAUGCGAUUCAAAACAACAACAAUGUGGCGGAUAAAGUAGUGAUACAGAAGAUGUUUGCUGAAGUUGAGAAACAGAAGAAGACGAUAGUGGGGAGGUGUCCACGAGAGAUAGAAAACAUCAACGAGUGGGCAAAAAUGAAUAUGCUGACCCCUGUUUCUGGGAGCAUAUCUCCACGUUUUGAUACUUCGAUGUCUCCAAAGAGUCACGACUAUUUCGAAAAGAAUGUAAUAAAGAAGCCAAUGGGGCGUGGGAGGGCAGAGACGUGUUUUGAGAUGGGGGACAACAGUGGGUUAGACUUUGUGAAUGAGAAAAAGAAAGAACACACAGAGAAGAAACGCAGUGAGAAGAGGCGAACAGUCGAGAAGUUUGGGAAGGUAGAGAAGUGUGAGAGACGUGUGGAGAGUCCAAGUUUUUUACCACUUGGGCCAAAUGAAAAGAACGAGAAAGAAGACACAAAACAAGAUGAGAAGGAAACUCUCAAAGACGGUGUGAGUGGUGGAGAGUCUAAAGAUGAAGUAAUGAAAGAGGAGAAGCAACAACUGACUAUGAAACAGAAAGUAGAAGAAACACUUUCAGCGUUUAAGGUGACAAAAGAGAAGAGUGAGCCAAUCGCAUUUCGACAGACGUCACGAUUCUUUAAGAAGAAAGGCACAAUUGCAAUCAAAGAGAACACGCCACCAAGUGUAGAUAUAGCUCACAAACAAAAUGGGUCAUGUGGAACACUUCUUGAAGAAUCUCUUGUUGAGGGGCGCUCAAGUUCGACGGAGGGAAAGAUCAAUGCAAAGCACUCCCGACUGAUGGGAUUGAAGCGUGAUAGGGUCCAGAGUGCGGUGAUUGACUUGUCGCGAUUACAACAAACCCUCAACGACAAUCCACUGAGUCGAUCGAAUGUGCACAGCUUCCCAUCACAGCAGACUUUUGUGAAUUGGACAAAAGAAGCUGUUCAGAAGUUGACAGUGAUAGAGAGUGCGGUGAGGGGGUGUCUAGUACGGCGGAAGUACAAAGUGAACAGUUUGUUAAUGCGCAAGAAUGUCAUCACAGAGAUAGCAGACACAGAGAAGAACUUCUCAAAGAAUAUGAUUCUGAUGGACGAGUUCUUCCGGAAGCCUCUCUUGUCUUUGGCCGAACAGAAAGUUGUUGCAGCGAGUGAUGUGAGUCUUGUCUUUAACAAGUCGUUUGAGCAAUGUCUUCGCAAUAGUAUUGAACUGUCAAAGCGAUUUCGAGAGAUGUGUGUCAACUUCAAGGCAACAACACUACUUGGUGAGAAGAUAGGGGAGUCAAUCUACUUGGCUAGCGCUUUACUUGUCUUCACAAUGGAUUACAACAUCUCACUGAAGACGUGGAAGGAGAUGAAGAAGGCGGGAUGCGUUCGUACGUUGGUUGAUAUGAAUUUGAAUGAAAAGGAAUUGGAGAACAGAACACUGGAACAACUCCUGAUUCAACCCGUCCAACGUUUAAUGCGAUAUCCGAUGCUGGUCGACGUGCUAAUUAAAGCGACCUACAAGAGAAAUCCUGACUAUGAGUGCCUCAAGAACGCUUACACACAAUUUGAGUUGUUUUCAAAUGUCGUCAACGAGCGGACUAAGAUGAGAGAUGGAUUGCAGGAAAUGUGUGAGGAGUUGAACAACGCAGAUCUCUUUGUGAUGGGAAGGUUGCUUGUCUCUAAAUAUCAAGUUGAAGUGAAAGACUCGAAGAAGAAGGGAUGUAUAGUCUGCGUCUGUAAUGACAUGUUGAUCGUCUAUUCCGGAAAGACUAAGGACAAAACAGUCAUAUUGGAAAUCAAGUUGUCUGGAAGCGUCAAUCUCGUGCAGAACGGAAAGAGCGUUGUAAUCAACGAGUAUGGAAAGGCUCCAGUCACACUUGUAUUCAGCGACAAACGGAAUGCAGAGAGCUUCAAUAAAGUUGUCUCCGGGAUGAUUCUUGACGAGUGGUAUGUCCUCGACGACGACAGGUCUUAUGGUAAACUGUUAGUAAAUCUAUUGAAUUGA